GCCGCGCUGCUACUCGAUCGCGGCGCGGACGUGAAUAAACUCGCAGGCGGCAGGGGGGACCUCGAAACGCCACUACGUUCGGCAUGCAGUUCGAGCCAGGUAAAGAUCGAACUCUUGCAGCUUUUGCUAAGCCGCGGUGCUGAGGUCGACCUUUCGGAGGGUGAAGAAGGAACUACGCCGCUCAUGGAGUUAUGUAGCAAACGACAUCCAUUAAUCGAGGAGACAAAGUUUUUACUGGACCACGGCGCCAAUCCCAACCUGGUGGGGCGCAGUUGGGGUACGGCACUUCAUGAAGCGGUGGUUUUUUUCAGUCCGGGUUGUGACGACCAGCUUCGUCUCGUGCGACUCCUAUUGGAAUAUGGCGCAGAUGCCAAUGGAAUAAGCCAUAGAGGAAGGACGCCGCUCGAGUUGGCGAACAGCCAC